AUGGCAGACACACCGCUUUCCAAUGAGGGCGCAGCUCUGUGUACAUCGCUUGGUACACUGCAGAUGAAGCCAGAUCCGUACACUCAGCAUAACCACGCUGCAGGUACUGAAGCCAGCGACGAGCAGCCCAAACGCAGCCUCCUCGACCUCCCCGCCGAACUCUGGUCCAAGAUCGGCAAACUCGCCAUCGAAAAUAGCCCCUUCUUCCGCACCUCAUCGCUCGACGAACCGGACUUUGACCUCAUCGCUCAAGAAAAGUGGCAACGGAUGUUACGUCUCCACCAACCCGCCAUCACCCGUACAUGCCGCGCGCUCCGCGAGGAAUUGCUGCCAUACUUCUACCAGCAGCGUGUGAUCAUGAAUGAGGCCCCGUUUGCUUCAUGGGAACACGUUCAUCGCUUGGGUCAGUUCCUGCGUGCUAUCGGCAGGGACAAUCGGAGGCAUGUCACGGGUGGCCAAGUUUUCAGCUACGACGAUACCGCCGGAGGGACGGAGAAGCUUGAGGACAUGAUACGCCGCAAGUGGAAGGUGCAGUGUGAGGUGGUCGUUCUUGCAGAGCAUGAUGCUGGACUCAUUAAAUACGGUCUUCAUUUCUUGUAA